UGCGUGCUUAUUAAUUUUAAUUAGCAUCGACAAAGCAACUAGGGCCAGAUGGAAUGUACAUUGGUACGUUUUGAUGGGCGUCAUAAGAAUUAGUAACGGUGAUGGACGUUUUAUCUGACUUUUGGGGUAGUUCGCUUGGAGCUGUCGCCAAAGCAAGUUGGACAGAAUAUGAACGAGAGCAAGAUCUACGCCAGCUACGUGGAAAGCAAACUGAUUGGCGUCCAAGCGGAGGACGUCAAUCAAUAUGUGGUCCGUGCACUGAAGCACGUCAUACAGGAUGUGUUCGCACAGCUCAGUGCGACGCUGAUAAUAACACUGGCCACCAGUGAUGCAAAGAUGGACAAGUGGUUCGGGAAUGUGGUGGGCAAUCUGGCCAGCACUUGGAGCUCAGUCUCCGUGCAAAUGCUACAUGUGAAUCACUUGCCUCAUGUGCCAGGGCGCAAGUAUUGCAAUCUACUACUGGUAGUAGCAGUGCCCAUCGGAUCUAUAAUUACGUAUAUCUUAAUCCCUUCCAGCUCCACGCAGAUCACCGAGGAUAACGCGGAUAGCGAUGAUCACGAAUACUACUUCAUCUUUUUGCAGGCGCGCGAUGCGCAGAUUCCGGCGGAGCUGCAGCAAAUCCUGGACCAUUGCCUGAACAACUUUUGGCUGCACUGCAAUGUGAUGGUGCAGACGGCCCAGAUGGAGGUGCUCAUCUAUAGCUAUUAUCCGUAUACGUCGCAACGUUGCCAAUCCGCACAGCCGCAGCUGGUGAAUCGUUUCGAUGGCCAGCGCAUGAUCCAUGCGCCCAUGUUUCCGCACAAGCUGCGCCAGCUGCAUCAGUGUCCGCUCACUGUGGUCGUCUGGAACGCGCCGCCCUUUGUCGAACUCAAAUGGGACGAUCGGGCGGGGCAGAUGGACGCCAUUGGCUUCGAGGCUACGCUGAUCAAGCAGCUGGCACGACAUCUCAAUUGCAGUUUGAUCUGGCACAAUGUGACGCUCGAGACGGUGGCCACCUACCAGAAGAACUGGGGCGAUGAACGUCAACCGAUGAGUCCACUAAAGCUGUUAAUAGAGCGACAUGCCAACCUGAGCGUGGGUAACUUUCGGAAGACAGCUGGCCGCAAUAACAUGCUCACCUCGCCCGUGGCUCACUAUUAUGCUCCGCUCGUGGCCACUGUGGCUAUCAAGCAUUUUCAGUUUGGCCAACUCACCUUGCUGUAUUUUCCAUUUCAGAGCUGCGUUUGGCUGUUGCUGCUGGUGGCUCUGAUUCUGCAUGGCCUGAUCUAUAUGUGGCGCUGGCGUCCCAUUGGGCUGCAGGUGCUGGAGCUGCUGCUGGGUGUUACGUUGGUGCGCUUGCCACGCUCCUGGCUGCAGCGUGUCAUCUAUGCCCACUGGCUCUAUGGUAGCAUCCCAUUGCGUGUGGUCUACCAAUCCCUGCUAUUCCAUUUCAUACGCCUGCAGCUGUUCGAGACGCUGCCGUAUUCGUUUGAGCAGCUCUUGGCUAGCAACUUCCGUGGCAUGUGCACUUCGAACAUUUUAAGCAUGCUGCGCGAGAUGCCACAGGUGGCGCACAAUUACGAAAGCUACAUUAGCAUUCCAUCGCCCUACGAUGAAGUAGUGCUGGAUGCACUGCACCAAAUGGGCGAUGGUCGGUAUUUUGCCAUCACCGGCCUGGACACGGCCGUUGCCCAUUUGACGGCAACGAAUCGUCAAAGAAGCUACCACAUUCUUUCCCAGUACAUCAAUCUGCAGCAGGUGGUCAUCUAUAUGCCCAAGCACACGUAUUUCAAGGAACUGUUCAAUGACAUGUUGCGCAACCUCGAUGCCAGUGGCUGCAUUGACUUUUGGCGCCGAGACGCCUUCGCCAAAUACAGCCGCCGGACCCUGCAGCAGCGCAGUCUGUCCCAGCUGCAGGACGAUCAGCAAGAACACCGACAGAACGAACAGUUGCGCCAGCUAAUCGGUAUAUACAGCCUGAUGGGUACCCUCUACGCUCUCUCCAUAUUGGUCUUUUGCGCUGAACUCCUUUGCCAUCGGCUGACCAAGCGAAAGAUGGAGCGACGUUUGCUUUAAGGCACACAAUUCUAUAUAAUUAGAUUUGUUUACUU